AUGAACCCGCAGGACCGCGCGCUGUGGGGCCUCCGCCCCUGCGUGAGUGCGUCCAAGGCCCGGGACAUGCUCGCGCUCGAGGACUUUGCCAAGCUCUUCCGCAACGAGGUGCUCAACAUGGUCAGCGCCUUCCUCGCCGACCGCCACUACUCGUUUGCGGGCUUCAAGGGCGCAUGGAAGGCGCAUGGCCUCUCGCGCAUGUACCAGAUCGACUUUGCCUCGGUCGCGCGCCCCGAGAUUGUCCACAUGAUGCUGCGCGAGGCCUUAGGCCUCCUCGUCGAGUCGAUUCUCGCCUGUCGCCAUGGCACGCGCGAGCAUCACGACCAGUACGUCGUUGACGCCUUGCGCCUCAAGGUACUCGGCCAUACGUUCACGCUGUACACGGUCUACCAGUGCCAAAGCACGCCGAUCAAGCAAAAGAUCCUCCUCGACAUUGAGUCGGCCAUGCACCUAUCGCUGGCGCAAACGUGGUGCGACGCCUGGCGCGUGCUGUACCCAGACGCGAGCCACGAAGCACAAGCCAUGUUGGUACGCUUGGACCGCGACCACGCCUUUCUUCGGUGUAUGCACGGCUACAACUGG